UACCAGCGAGGCUCACAGCGGCAAUGCAGGAAGGACGAGCCCUCUGAGGCCACUGGACCACAGGAAGACACCCACUGGAACCGGACUGUCCCUGCAGCUGACCUGAAGACAGCGUGGUGCUCGGCUGUGACACCGACACCCCCUGCCAACAUUUAAGAAGCCCCCCACUACUACUACUACUACUACUAACCAUGAAGGCAUUUAGCAUUGCAGCUGCAGUGACACUCGUGCUCGCCUUUCUUUGCAUCCUGGACAGCUGUGCAGUCCCUUUCAACGGGGGGCAGCAGAUGGAGGAGGCAGGAGGUGACACUCCACUUGCAGCGCUUCCAGACGUGCCAGGGGAGCCUUGGAUGAUGCCGUAUCACGUGCGGCAGCGGCGCCAGAGCAACCUGUCGCUGUGUCGCUGGUGCUGCAACUGCUGCCAGGCCUACAAGGGAUGCGGCUUCUGCUGCAGGUACUGAAAAGAUGGCGGCGGCGGAAAACCGACCAAGAAGUUAAUUUAUUACGCUUUGCACGCACGACUGAGCCCUGCAGAUGUUUUUAUUUCAUUUUGGUUGCAAAAGAGUCGCUAAGAAACAGUAUUUAUUUGAUAUGUUUUGUAAGCUCAGUCAUGUUGCUUUUCUUUGUAAACGAAUAAACCACGGAAGCAUGAUGA